AUGAAUUUAAGUAUUUGGAAUCCAUUAGCUUUAGACACGUUUAAUUCAAGGCUUACAUAUUUCCCAAUAAAAUCUAGUACACUAUUAGAGAUCUUGAAUCAUGAAGUAACAGAUGAUGACGAUAUAACUACAACUACAGUUGAAGAAUAUAAGUCACUUAUACAAUAUUCCUGUUUAUUGGAAUACUGCCCUGAAGGGAUAUAUAUUGUUCCAGAAUUUGAUAAUAUGUAUUGCUGGCAAGGAGGAAUAUUUGUAAGAGCAGGACUUUAUAAAGAAUCUUUUUAUAGAUUUAAAAUAGAUAUAUCCUGUAAUAAAGACAAAAGAAAUUUAAUAUAUUUUUUGAAUCCACCAUAUCAUCCUUUGAUAAAUAGUGAAACGGGGCUUUUAUAUAUUCCAAAAGACUGGGAAGAACAGAUUAAUGAUGAUGUAUUAUCUUUAGUAUUCUUUUUAAAAAAUAUUUUUUAUUUACCAGAUUUAAUCACUUAUAAAAUCGAGGAUAAUGAUAUUGGAAAUAAAGAAGCAUCUGAAGCUAUAAAUAAUAAUGCUAAGGAGGCUUAUGAAAGAAUUAAAAAGUCUGUUGAAUCAUCUAUAUAUCAAUCAUCUAAAUUCUUUGAGAAAGAAAAAUCUCCUUUUAAAAUAGAAGAUAAAAAUGAAGGAGAUAAAAUAGUUCUAGAUAUUAUAGACAAUAUUAAAAAGUGUUGUCAAUCUUCUACAAAUUUACAAGCCCAGAAGGACAUCUUUAAUGAAUGGCUAACAUCAUUUAUUACUCAAACAUAG